GAAGGAUACUCCGUACUGACUAAUUCUGCUCUCCGCCAAUGAAUCUGCGACUUUAAUCAAAAUAGAAGUGACAAAAAUGCCUAAAGAAUACGAGGAUCAGUAUCAGCCUCUUCUAAUUAAAGCAACCAAAGACGCAAAGCGGCCGAAGCUUCCAAACAAAUCGCUUCUGCUGGCUGUGUGUGCUGCUGGCAUUGGGGGGACGUUUCAGUAUGGAUAUAAUAUAGCUAUCAUCAAUGCACCGACAACGUAUGUGCAAGAUUUCAUCAACCAAACCUGGAGACAGCGUUACCAAACUGAAAUGUCAGAAGAUGGUCUUACCCUCCUCUGGUCCACUAUCGUGUCUAUAUUUACUUUAGGAGGGCUUGUAGGAGCAUCAACUGGUGGAACAUUAUCUGUGAAGCUGGGGAGGAAAGGGACACUGCUGACCAAUAACAUAUUUGCUUUACUGGCUGCUCUCCUGAUGGGUCUGAGUUACCCUACAGGGUUAUUUGAAUUGCUCAUCAUCGGGCGUCUCAUCUCUGGAUUAAAUGCAGGCAUUGGCAUUUGUGUUCAGCCUCUGUAUUUGGGAGAAAUAGCUCCAACUUCAUUACGUGGCGCUAUGGGAAUGGGAACUUCAGUGUUUAUCACUGGGGGGAUUUUGACUGGACAAGUGAUUGGCCUCAGAGAGCUUCUGGGUAAAGAAGAGCACUGGCCCAUCCUGCUCUCUACCACUUGUAUCCCAGCUUUUCUGCAGUUCCUGAUCCUGCCCUGGUUCCCGGAGAGCCCACGCUAUCUGCUCAUCGACAAAGGAGAUGAGGAGGGUUGUAAGAAAGCCCUGAAGCAGCUGCAUGGUAUAACCGAAUGUGAUGGUGAACGGGAAGAUAUUGAGAAGGAGAAGAAUAACUUAUCAGAUUUUCACGCCAAGAAACCCUGGGAGCUCUUUGUUGAUCGCACUUUACGCUGGCAGCUUCUCACCAUAAUACUCCUCAACGCUGCGCAACAGCUCAACGGCAUCAAUGCUAUUUACUUCUAUGCAGAUUACGUGUUCAAACAAUCCGGUAUUCCCACCGAUAAAAUACCAUACGCGACUGUCGGCACUGGUGCCUGUGAAUGCAUCACCGCUUUAACAUGUGGUAUGCUCAUUGACUGUCUGGGAAGGAAAGUACUCAUCAUGGGAGGAUACACACUGAUGGCUAUCUGCUGUGUUUUAUUCACGCUCACACUCACUUUCCAGGAUGCCAGCCCAGUUGUUCCGUACCUGAGCAUGGCCUGUGUUUUUGCUUUCAUCUUGAGUUUUGGCUUAGGACCAGGUGGUGUGACUAACAUCUUAACCACUGAGCUGUUCACACAAAACGCACGUCCUGCAGCAUACAUGCUUGCAGGGUCAGUGAGCUGGUUCAGUUUCUUCUUUAUCGGCCUGGCCUUCCCCUUCAUUGUGAUCGGGCUGAAGCAGUAUUGUUUCCUGGUGUUCUUGGUUGUCUCCUCCUUGGUGGUGAUAUACAUUUUCCUUGUUGUCCCUGAAACCAAGAACAAAACCUUUCUCGAAAUCCAGAGCGAGUUCCAGGAUUCCAAGAAGAGAAAGAUCGGCUGCUCCGAUGGAGCAGGGACAAUAUUGCUAUCAACUGCAAUAUGAAACGUACUUUUUUAAAACAAAGUUCUUGUUUUGUUUUGUUUAUUUCUAACAAUAUUUAUCACCCAAAUUAAAUUAUAAUGAUUUAUAGUCCACAUGUGAGAGAACCUCCUGAGAUCCAGGCUCAUGUUUGAGAUGCAUUUUUAAUUUCUCCUUGUUAUUUAUGAUUAGUUGAACCCGAUAAGUAUAUAAAUUAAGUGCCUUUGAGAAGAUGUUGUUACUGCCUUACAUAAUAUUUACCUACUUUUUUUAAAAGUGUGACCUCAUAUGGGGAUAAUGGGACUUAUUUUACAGCGCAACAUAAUAAAGACAACAUGACAGUAUUAAAAAGAAUGAAGUAUAAGGUGCAGAAAAGCCAAAAUGUAAUGCCCUCAUAUGAAGAUGCAGGGUGUCCGAUUAAAACGCUCACUGGCCACUUUGUUAGGUACAGCUCUACAACUGCUCGUUGAUGCAAAUAUCUAAUCAGUCAAUCACAUGACAGCAACUUAAAGUAUUUAGGCAUGCAGACAUGGUCAAGUUGGCCAGCUGAAGUUCAAACUGAGCAUCAGAAAGAUGAUUUAAGUGACUUUGAACAUGGCAUGGUUGCUGAGUAUUUCAGAAACUGCUGAUCUGCUGGGAUCAGUAGAGUUUACAGGGAAAGCUUUGAAAAAGAGAAAAUAUCCAGUGAGCGGCAUUUCUCUGGGUGAAAAUGACUUGUUGAUGUCAGAGGUCAGCGGAGAAUGCCCAGGUGGCUUUAAACUGAUAGGAAGGCAACCGUAAGUCAAAUAACCACUUGUUAUAAACAAGAUAUCCAGAAGAGCAUUUCUGAAUGUAAAACAUGCAGCUGGGCUGCAGCAGCAGAAGACCACACUGGGUGCCACUCCUGUCAGAUAAGAACAGGAAAUUGGGACUACCACAUGGCUUACCAAAACUGGACAACUAAAAAUUGGAAAAGCAUUUCCUGGUCUGAUGAGUCUGAUGAGUAAUAUUAAGAUGGUAGGGUCAAAAUUUUGAAACAUGGAAUCCAUCCUGGCUUGUAUCAAUCAAUGAGAAAUAUUUCCAGAAUCUGCCAUGAAAGCAAAGUUCUGAAGGCAAAAUGAGGUUCAACCCAAUAGUAACAAGGUGAACCUAAAAAGGUGUCUGCUUAGUGUAUACAGUGAUGUUGGUUAAUGAUGAAGUUUAUUGUAAACUGUAGUUCCUUCAUAGAUCUUCUAGUUAGUUAGUUGUUAUUGUAUCUGUUUAAUUCAACUAACAUAGAUCAAGUGAUCUUUAUAUGUACUACUCUGGUAUCACA